AUGGCUACUAGAACAUUCAGCUGUGCUUUCAAAUCUCGAUCCCAAGCCUGGUUUCCCAAUGAGGGAGAAGGAACUUCUCUAGCUGACUAUGAAAAAAUGGCAGGUCACCGCAAGCCUUUCGGAGAUUCAGAUGAGCUGUUCCGCCAUGUGUUCACCUCAGAUGGUGCAAGCAGCUUGUUUGAGCCUCGGACGACAAAGCAAAUUCAGAUAUUGGCCUUCAAUCUAAUUUUGCUAUUUCUUUCUUCACAGCUUCCUGUUAUGGGAGGAGCCUUUAUGGACUCACCCAAUGAGGACUUUAGUACAGAGUACUCCUUGUUUAACUCAUCAGCCAACGUCCACACAGCCUCUUCCAUGCAGAAUCAACCAGAAGAGACAUCCCGUUCUUCAAAUGAUGCCAUUUUGUUAUGGAUUGCAAUAAUAGCAACAAUUGGAAAUAUUGUGGUUGUGGGAGUGGUGUAUGCCUUCACUUUCUAG